CUCUUCAUCAAAUCUCUUCACUCACCAAAGCAUCACAAACACUUUCUUCUCCCCCUUCUUAUAAUUGUCUAUAUAUUUGUCCUCUUUAGCUUCUUCAUUUCGAGAUGGCCACCGUUGAGGUUGAACAAGUGACUCCAGCAGCAGUAGAGAACGUUGAGGUACCAACAAAGACAGUGGAGGAGCCAGUGGUGACCCAACAGCCUGAAGAAUCCGUCACCGCCGUGACUGAAGAAGAAACCGAAGCACCAGUCGUAGAAACGAGCAAAGAAGUCGUUGUGGAAGAGGCAGAGAAGAAAGAUGAUGAAACAGAGAAGAAAACAGAGGAGGAAGAAGUGAAGACAGAGGUGAUCACGGAAGCCCCGGCAGUUGUAGAGGAGGAGAAGAAAGCAGAGGAGGUGACGGAGACUCCGGCGGUUGUGGAGGAGGUGACGGAGACUCCAGCGGUUGUGGAGGAGGAGAAAUCUACUGAAGUUGCGGCUGCUGAGGAAGUCGUCGUCGUCGAGAAGGCCGAGGAGUGAAGAUGAAGGAAAAAGCUAUAUGACCUAUUUUGGGUAUCAUCUCGUUUUCUAUUUUAAUUUAUUUAAUCAAAAUCUCAUAACUAUGUAUUUUCUUUUGUUUGUUAUUAUAAUGAAAUCAGAUGUUUGGGUCUCUUACAUA